GCCAGAAUGCAGCUUCGGUCCGGGGUCGAUGCCCCUAAAAGACUUCGAGAGCUUCGUACCUUCCCUUGCAACCUAUCCAUACAAGCAUACCACCGUCAGAUCAAGCGCACUUGAAGACAGAGUCUUUCGAUCUCCACGCCAGCAUGUCGUCAAACUCUCUCCGCCUCACUCCCAGGACUGAGAUCCAUCAAGGGCCACUCAAGGCACCUCGCCGAUCCUAUAUCCUGUCGCAAGCGUCCGGCGAGAGCUUCGUCAUUCCUUCUAGCAAGUCAAAUCUUCGCCUGGCAGCUGGCAAGGACACGACUGAUGGCGCUUUUGCCAUCGCAGUGACCACCGGAGGUCCGACUGCGCCAGUGGUGCCGCACUCUCACCGUGAAGCUCACGAUACCUGGCUCUGUCUUCGAGGCGCGGUUCAAGUCUGGUGUGAAGACACUAGCCGAAUUCUAUACCCUGGAGACUUCGCUUCCGUUCCUCCUGGCUAUGUGCAUACCUUUGCGCAAAGGGGCGCCGCCUUCAACGAUUUCUUCGGUCUGAUCACGCCUGGAGGUUGGGAAGGCCUGUUCAAGUACAUUGGUAACCCCGUGACGGAGGACCAGAACAUCGUCACCUUCCCUUCUGACGAUCAAGCGCCGUUUCCAGUCGAGAGGUUCAUUGCUGCCAUCAAGGAAGGCGCAGAUGUAGUACCGGCUCAUGGUCACAAGCUGGUGGACGCCACGCCUUUCACCGACGCGGAUGUGCUGCCCGAUGAGACGAAGCCCUACUUCCUCAAGGCCGACACAGGAGACCGCUACUUCCUCGGCGGACAACAAUGGGAGACUAUCGCGGCGGCCAGGAACACGGGUGGCAAGUUCUCCAUUGGCUGGCUGGAGGGCAGCUGUCUCCUCAAGGACCACUACCUGGGAAGCACUUCACAGCUUGUCAGCUUCGAGGCUGCUCACACCUACCUGAGAGUCAUCGAUGGUACAGUCAAGCUCACUGUCAAGUCGGCUGACGAUGGUCAGACAUUCACCGAAGAGCUGCACGAUGGCGAAGCAGCUCUGGUGGCAUCUGGUGACGCUUUCGGCAUCGAAUUCACAUCGCCAUACGGACGCGUCCUGGUCAGCAGCGGCACCACCGAGCCGGCUUCCUUCAAGGGAGGCUUGGAUACCUUGUUCGCAGCCUUGGGCAACAAGGCAGAGAAGCAGACGAUCGUCUUUGGUGGUGGAGUAGGACACCCCUCUGGCGUGCAGGUAAAGAGUGAACAGCUCUCCCAGUGGGCUGGAGACAACUACGCUAAAGUCAUUACUCUGUAGCUCAAUGCUCAAUGAUGUCACCGACUGUCACAAUUGCAAAGGAUUUGAGGUACA